AUGUCUCCAAGACCAAGACCAAGACCGAGAUCCAUCACCUCACUCUACUCCCUCUCCGGCGCCUCCUCGCUUACCAGCAUAAUCUCCACUCCAACCAAACCAUCCGCAUCCAGAUCCACAUCUCGCUCCCCCUCUCCCUCUUCCAUCGCAACAAAUCCUAACCCCUCCCCCAACGACAACAACCCCACCCCACCCCCCUCAGAAUUCAUCUUCCCCAUCCCCUCCAGCGGCGACCCAUCCGAAACUUCCCCUCUCCUCUCCACUCCCCACCGAUGUCUCCCACGCAAACUCUGCAUUUGCAGACAUCCCAACUACACCACCCACCUACACCAAACCGCCUCAACCAUCCAACCCACUUUCAACCACUUCCGGCACUGUUCCAUCCAGCGCUCUUCACUCCUCAACAUCCAGAUAAUCUCCGGUACUCUACUAAUUUUCUGUCUCGCCAUCAUUAUACUCUCUCCUUUUCCAACCCACAUUGAGAACAAAAAUUCGGCUCUACAGCGAGAUAUCCAAUCCUCGCAUAAAUGUUCCACUCUCGCAUCUCUUCACAGCCCAGAUGAUCUCAUCAACACAAAUUUUUCCGUGCAAGCCCAAACACAGAAACUCGAUACCCCUCAACUCAAAGGCAUCGAAUUCGCAAUCGUCUGUUUCGCAAUCUUUGUCAUAUGUUCUAUUAUGCGAGCGACAAGUUAUGUAAUGAGUAGAUGGGGAGUAUGUUUUGGAGGGGAGGGAUCAGAUGGUAAUGGGGAUAUCUUUGAAGAAGCAGAAGAAGAGAUGUUGGGUUACAGUCACAGAAGAGAAUCGAUGCAAGACAAUAUCGUUUAA